AUGCAAAGUGCUGGAGGAGUUCUGCGUUUCGUGGCACCGAAGGAGCUUCAGAUCUCGAAUCCCUUAGGAAUGGAUCACUCGCACCAGGGUCAAGGCUAUGUGCAUCACAAUAGCAUGCAUAUGAUGCCACAAAGUUCUUCCGCUAUAAACAUGAUGAUGGGUGGAUACAUAGUUCCGCCUUCACAACCGCAACAGUCAACUUAUUUGACGCCUCAACAACCCACCCCACAGCUGAUGCAAACAGAUGUUUACGAUGUAGAAAGUUUAUGA